CCAACGAAAUCAUGAGUGACGACGAGGAACAAGUCAAUCCCAAAUCCCACAAACAACUGCUGCAGGCUAUCAGCAGUUUGGGAAAGAGCCAACAUAUACGAAAAUCAACACGUGAUGAACCGAAAUUAGUGCAAGAUGAAUUUCAGUUGGUCAAGGGUUCGGCUGUUGUGUCCAAACCCAAGGCACAGCCCGUGGCUAUCAAUGAUUUGGUGGAGGUUUUAAAGGGCAACAAAAAACUAUUGGAAACGGGAAAGGAACUCAAGAAAACUGUAACCACAAAGAAGGUGUUGGAGAAACCUUUGGAGAAGCCAGCUGCGGAGCGUAUCAAGCGAACCAUUGGUUAUGAGAAUGUCAAAGCAAAGCUGGCCAAAUGGGAUGCAGUGGUGGCAUCAAACAGAUCGGCCGAGACACAGGUAUUCCCCUUGAAAUCGGAAACUGUCUAUGUCAACACUUCCCUAAAUCGUAAACCCCUGGAGCAAAGUGUUAAAACUGAUUUGAUGUUGCAAAUGGAAGAAUUGGAAAAUAAAUACGCCAAAAUGAAACGUGAACACUUGGGCGAUACUCAUGAUCCCGCCGAGUUGGAGAAACAAGAGCAACAGCUAUUGCAGAAGAAAUUAACAAAAGAAGAAUUGAUAGCCAAACGCAAGGAGUUGGCUUACCUGAAAAUGCGUGAAGCUCAAAAAUCUGUAAAGGCUCGCCUGCAAAAGAAAAUCAAAUCCAAAAAAUACCACAAACUGCUGAAGAAGCAGAAAAUGCAGGAUCAAAUCAAACAGUUUGAGUUGUUACAAAAAACCAAUCCAGAGGCUGCAAUGGAAAAACUAAAUGCUUUGGAGAAAUCCAGGGUACUGGAAAGAGCCAGUCUGAGACAUAAAAAUACUGGUACUUGGGCAAAGAAUUUACAAAUUCGAGCCAAAUACGAUAAAGACGUGCGCAAGGAUUUGUCAGAACAGUUACAAAUCAGCAGAGAAUUGACUCAGAAGGUCAAAGAUGAAGAUUCCGACGAGGAAAUGAAAGAGGAAAAGAAGGACGAUGUAGAUGAAGAUGAUCCCGAAUAUGAUCCUUUCAAUCCAUGGACCACUGUAGGCAAAAAAGAUAAGGCAACUCCAAGUGAACAGGAGCAACCGAAUUGGCGUAAAUACUGGCUUGAGCGCAACGACAACGAAAAAAUGCUGGAGGAGUACAAACGCCUUCUAAAUGAAGAACAGGAAGAGGAUGAAUCUAAAAAUGAAGAUGGUUCCGACAAUGAUGAGGAAACGGCACAGAAGAACGAUGAUGACGAAAAUGAGAGUGAACACGAAAGCGUCGAUGUACCAAAAGUAGAACAAAAGGAAGAAACUAAAAAACAAACUGCUAAAACACUAAAGAGAAAGCAAGUCGAAAAGAAGACCACUACUAAAUCUAAUAAAAAUCAGAAACUAGAGAAUGGCUGGUUAGUGGAAGAAAUUGAUCCUGCUGCUGUCAAAUCCAUUGACGAUAUUUUCGAUGCCCAAGAAGAUAAAAUUAGAGAAAAAUUACAAAAGAAAUUAGAAAUAAUAAAUGAAAAGGGUAAACAGAUAAAGGAGAGCAGAAAGGACAAAAAGAAAUAUUCCAAGGGACACGAUCCAUUGAAGAACUUGAAGGAUUUGUCCUUCAAGACCAAAGCAUCACGUCCUGAAAUUGAUGAAGAGUUGAAAAACGAACUGGAUGAAGAGGAGGGUGAUGCAACUGUCAAAUUAAAUGAAACAUUGGACAAAGCAAUGUCUACAAAGACCAAUGAUGAUGCCACCGAGUCAAAGGACAAGACCGCCACUACAACAACAGACACAAUAGAUCCCAAUAAAUUGGCAACAGUAAAACUGAAACAGCAUGGAAUUGGUUUCGGUACAGUCAGCGAAGCAAUGGGUGAUGUUGAUAUGGACGACGAGGAUGAAGAUCCCAAUGCCGACCAACAAAUGACAAUUGCCCAGGCCUUUGAGGAUGAUGACAUCAUUGCCGACUUCAGUCGCGACAAAACAAAAGAUUCCGAACUGAAAGAUGCAGAAAUUCAACUGUCAAUGCCCGGCUGGGGUUCAUGGGCUGGAGCAGGCAUUUCUAAAGAACAAAUGGAAAGGAGAAACAAACGCCUGCUGCUUAAACUGGCUCCCGAAGAAAAACGAAAAGAUGAAAACAAAGAUGGUGUGUACAUAAAUGAAAAUGUCAACAAGAAACUAAGAAAUCACCUGGUAUCUGAUGUACCCUUCCCAUUCACCUCCCUGAAAGAUUAUGAGGCCAGUAUAAGAGCGCCGUUGGGACGCAACUUUGUAACUGAAACCGCCUUCCGUUUGCUUACACGUCCAUCGGUCAUAACACAGAAAGGUAAAAUUAUCGAACCCAUGGAUGAAAGUGAGCUGGUCAAGCCAGCACGUAAAUUACGUAAUCCUGUGGAUAUACGUAUCGCUAAAAUGGCCGAGGCCAAGUCGUAG